ACACCCUGUAUGAGAAAAAACAUAUUUCAUUCGGAAAUCAAAGUCAGCCUAGAAACGAAGGAAAAACCAUAUCUGCACACGCACCGUCUCUGGAGAAGAAAUUGGUAGUUGCAGCCAUAGAUAUUGGAACCUCAUUUACGGCAUAUGCGCAUUCGUUUGAAAGUGACUUCAAGAGGGAUCAUUUUAAGAUAUGUAAUGGGAAUUCCCACUUCGAAAACUCCAACUGUGGUUCUCUUUGACAAAGAUGGUCAAUUCCAUUCGUUUGGAUAUGAAGCACAAAUACAUUACGCAGAUCUAGUGGAAGACGAAGAAAAUUGUGGAUGGAAAUAUUUCAGCGAUUUAUCAUUGCUACGUUACAGAAACCAGAAAUAUACGCUCACUGAUGACCAGAAUCACUCGAUGGCGGCGUUAGAUGUGUAUUCAGCGAUUCUGAAGUAUCUGAAAGGACAUCUCUUAAGCAAUCUGGCAGAUAGGCUAGCUGAUCUAAAUGAAACUGACGUACAUUGGGUUCUUCCUGUUUCGGCUUCAUGGUCUCUUUCAGAAAGAAAGCUUCUUGCAGACGCAGCAGAAAAUGCGUGUUUGUCACACGAGAGCUUGACGUUCGUAUUGAAACCAGAAGCGGCAGCAAUAUAUUGCAAAGAAUUUCUAUCUUCGAAUGAACCUGAAUUUAGAAAGACUAAGAGUUCAACAUACUUCAGUCCUGGGGCACAGUUCAUUGUUCUAGACGCUGGAGGUCAAACUGUAGAGGUGACAACCCAUGAAGUACAAAGUGAUGGAACAAUGAUGGAAAUCCUUUAUUCAGACGUGUUGUCCCCUAUGGAUGGGUCAUGGGGAGGAUGCCUUGUAGAUUCAAAAGUCAACGCAUUUCUAGAAGGACUAUUUGGAACGGACGUAAUGGAGGAAUUCAGACGGAUUAAGAUUGAUGUGCUUGAGCUGCAACAUUCAACAGAAAUGAUGAAAAGGCAGUGUAAAGAUCCAGAAAAUGAAAAGGAGGACUUUAAAAUUUGGCUAAAGGUACCCGCUACACUUCUGGACAUUUUUAAGAAUGCUAAUGGUUACGCCUUCUAUAAAAGUGUUGCAGAAAGCAGCUAUGCUAUGUCUGUUCAUGUAAAAAGGAAGAAAAUGUACCUUAGCAAUGACUUUGUCAUUGAAAUGUACAGAGAAUCAAAAGAGAAAUUAGUCAGACACUUGAGGGAGAUAUUUAGAGAUAAUCCAGAGUUGAAAAAUGUUAAAACGAUAAUAAUGACUGGAGGACUUGCGAACUCUGAAAUUUUGAGAAAUGAAGUAAGGUUGUCGUUUCCAGGGAAGCACGUUGUAGUGCCAGACCAGGCAGAUUUAGCAGUUGUAAAAGGCGCCGUUAUGUGUGGGUUUAAUACCAAGAUGUAUCUAAAAGUGUAGUGUUCACAGAGCAAACAGAAUGAUGAAGAUGUGACGUACUGAAAUGUGCAUAUAAAGACACGAAACAGGUUCAAAUUAGAGAUAUCAAAGUGAAUAGUCAUUUUAGACAGGAACACAUGUACAUGUAUGAUAUACGCGUUGGAACUACUAAUUAUUGUUCGACAAAUUGUCACAUAUAUACACAUAUUGAUCUCAACAUUGAUUGCUACUAAUUUGAAUUACAUUAUUGUCGGGUACAAGACAUGUAUAAUAUUAAUAACUACGUCCUGUAUCAAUGGUUUUAUCUAAUGGAAUUAUUUCGUGUACUUUAUAACGCGAAUUUUGUAAAUACAUUUACAUUAGGACAACACGUUCAUCCGAAAAAGUGUUAAACCGUGUAUAGCAUUGUCACUGUAUGGGACUUAAAUAUUAAAUCGGGGUGAAAAUGUGUAGGCGACCGAGAAGCUAGGUCGGUAGAGCCCGGACCGGUAUUCCGAGGCCCCUGGUUCAAGUCCCAGUCUAGCUGCACAUUUUUCUCAUCUUGUAACAGUAUUAUCUUAAGUGUGAUAAGGCAUAUUUAAGUCUUAUUGUAAAUGUAGUGAAAGCACAAAACCUGUUGUAAUGUAUAUGUCAUUUCCUCUUAUUCUACACUUCGUUGUUUUUCUAUUUUAAUGACCCAUUGUUUACUUUAAAGCCUGUCCAAGUUUGAGAAAUCGGGCAUGUCAAUAAGUUAUUUAUAUUGUUUGUUUUUUUAGAAGGUUUCAUCACAAACACUGAUAAACAAGGUGUUAUUAUUUUAAUGUCUGGAGUGUUUUGGAGUUUUCCAGAGUCCUCAUUUCUGUAAGGUUCUAUCAAAUGUUACUCUCCAGUAUUUCUUAACACAAUAUAACCAGUUUGGAUUCUUAACAUUUGAUGGAUUUACAUUUAAGAAAAAAAUAUUUGAGAGGAUUUGAAUGUAUUAAUUUCAGUUUGAAUUCUGUUCUGAAUUUUGAAUUAUUAUUGAUUGGAUUUAAAUUUGACCAGGACAGAAUUAGGAACUAUUCUUGCAUAUUUGAAUUCGACUUUACGGCUAGUUUAUAUUUUGAAGAUAUUUGAAAUGCUACUUUUUAAAAUGAAUUCUGUUCUUGGUAAAGAAACUUGGAUGUUUUGUUGUUCUUUGUUACUUUUAGUAUUUUAGUAAAUUAAUAAGCAAUUGUUACCUUCAGAAGUAAAAAUGUAUAGUAAAAUGAGCGGUGACGGAAAAAUAUGCAAAAUAGUAUUGUGAUAUAUGAUUUGGUAAAUAUGAAUGACACAAUGUUUUAACUGCCUUUAUGCAGUAUUUAUUAAUGAAAACAUUCGAUUAAAAUACUUAACACAAUUUC